CCCGUUCAAAAAAAUGUGUUGUGGAGUUCACGCCAUGUUUCGUUGAUGCCCCAUGGUUUAUGCUUCAGCGAUAUAAAUGAUAAAUGUCUUCAAACGGGGUUGUCUUUGAAUUGAACUACAGUUUGGGGGCCGCGGAAAGGAAGUUCUGUUUUUUUGUGUGUGAUCAUACCGACCUGCCAGUGCUUGCCUUGCCCGCAUUACAAUGGUUGCGUCCUGUAUUGACGUUUGCCUGGGUCCAUCAUCGCUGUGGUGCUGAAAAGAAACGAACCCGUGCGGCCGUAGCGAGUGCAUGCUGCUGCGAACGAUGAGGAGGUUUCUGUGGACCUGCAGCGGUUGAAUUGCACCACCUCGCCCACUUCUUGAUUUUAUCCCUCAAAACCUGGACUCUACCGGCGCAGUUUAUGAAGACCCAGUCUGGACAGUAAUGACCUCACGCUCCCGGUUGCCAGCUGGCAGUAACGACAAUGUCCGAGCAUCAGAGCUGGCACAAGACAGGCAGCACACAGAGGUGGUCUGUAAUGUUCUUCUGCUGGAUAACACAGUUCAAGCCUUCAAAGUUAAUAAGCACGAUCAAGGACAGGUCCUGCUGGAUGUAGUGUUCAAGCACCUGGAGCUGACGGAGAGCGACUACUUCGGCCUACAGUUGGCCGACGACUCCUCAGACAGUCAGGCUGUCGCAACAGAUCAGAGGUGGCUGGAUCCAACCAAACCGAUUAGAAAGCAAUUGAAAAGGGGGUCAUCACACCGUUUGAAUUUUAGGGUUAAAUUCUUUGUAACCGACCCCAAUAAACUUCAGGAGGAGUAUACAAGGUACCAGUACGUUUUGCAGAUUAAACAGGACAUACUUAGUGGAAGGCUGCCGUGUCCGUACAUCACAGCCGCUCUUCUUGCUUCAUACGCCGUUCAGUCUGAGCUAGGGGACUACAGUCAGAACGAGAACUUGCCUGGCUACCUCUCCGGAUACUCUUUCAUCCCCAACGCACCACAUGACUUUGAGAAAGAGAUUGCCAAACAGCAUCAGCAACACAAGGGACUGCCUCCUGCCCAGUCAGAGUUCAAUUAUCUAAACACAGCACGGACGCUAGAGCUCUAUGGAGUCGAAUUGCACUAUGCAAGAGAUCAAAGCAACACUGAGAUUUUAAUCGGAGUGAUGUCAACUGGGAUUGUCAUCUAUAAGAACAGGGUACGAAUCAACUGCUUUCCAUGGCUACAGAUUGUAAAGAUUUCGUUUAAAUGUCGACAGUUUUUUAUUCAACUCAGAAGAGAAUUGAAUGAGAGCCGUGAGGCGCUGUUAGCCUUUAACAUGGUGAACUACCGAGCCUGUAAGAACCUAUGGAAGGACUGUGUAGAGCACCACACCUUCUUCAGACUGGACCGACCCUUACCACCACAGAAGAACUUCUUUGCACAUGUCUUCCAACUUGGCUCCAAAUACCGCUACUGUGGUAGGACAGAGGUGCAAUCUGUCCAGUACGGCAAGGAGAAGGGCAUCAAGGACAGGGUGUUCGCCAGGUCUCCCAGUAAGCCCUUGGUGCGGCGGCUGAUGGAUGGAGGGAUGGACUGGGAGUCAGUCAGCCGGAACUCCAGAGCCUCUCUGUCUGACGACCGCCUGGAGACCCAGAGCCUGCCCACACGCUCCCCACCAGGCACCCCCAACCACAGGAACUCCGAGUUUGCACAAGAGCGCCUGCGGCCGUCCUCCGUGGGACACCUGCUGGACCAUGUGAACUACCACGACCAUGCCUCGCCCUGCCAAACCUUUACCAAUCACAAGUCAGCCUCCUCAACCCAGGCCAACUCCAUCAGCCUAGAUUCUACCCCGUCACCAGACUCGACCAACGACGGCCUGCCGCCCGCUCUGCCCCCUAAGCAGACCAGGAGGCCUCUGUCCAGCCAGUCCCACUCUCAGCAGGAGUUGGACAACCACAUCAAUGAGCUAUAUGACACUCCUCUGUCAGAAGACAAGACUAUGCCCAAUGGAGUGCUUCCUCAUGACAAUCUGGUGUUCAUUCAAAUGUGCCCCGACGAACAAGGACGAUUUGGAUUCAAUGUGAAGGGUGGGCUGGACCAGAAGAUGCCUGUGAUCGUGUCCCGAGUGGCCCCGGGAACAGCGGCUGACCUGUGUGUUCCCCGGCUGAACGAGGGAGAUCAGGUGGUGCUGAUCAACGGUCAGGACAUCUCAGAGCACACCCACGACCAGGUGGUCAUGUUCAUCAAGGCCAGCUGUGGGGAGAGCGACUCAGGAGAGCUGAACCUGCUGGUCAGACCCAACGCCAUGUAUGACCUGGUGGAGGAGGAGAAGCUGGAGGAUGGAGAUACAGAGUCUAACUACCAGUACUCCCCAGAGAGGGCGCCCCAGGACCAGCCUCAGGACCAGCCUCAGGACCAGCCCCAGGACCAGCCCCAGGACCAGCCCCAGGACCAGCCCCAGGACCAGCCCCAUGACCAGCCAGACCACCACCCAUCCUGCUGGAGAGACUCCAUACUACAGCUGAAAGAAGGCUUGAGCACUGGGGUCGUACAGCAACAGUUUGAUCAACUCUACCGGAAAAGGCCUGGGUUGACAAUGUCAUGUGCCAAAUUACCUCAGAACAUUUCCAAAAAUCGAUAUCGAGACAUUUCACCGUAUGACGCCACCAGGGUUAUUCUGAGGGGCAAGGACGGGGACUAUAUCAAUGCAAAUUACAUCAAUAUGGUGAUCGCAGCGUCCAGUGCUGUAAACCGCUACAUCGCGUGCCAGGGCCCGCUGCCCGCCACCUGCUCUGACUUCUGGAGGAUGACUUGGGAACAGGGCUCCAACAUGGUGGUCAUGCUCACCACGCAGGUGGAGAGAGGACGGGUGAAGUGUCAUCAGUAUUGGCCCAACCCUGGUGCCAUUGCUACCCAUGGGGACUUCCAGGUGUCCUGUGUGACAGAAGAAGAGCAAUCAGCAUUCCUGGUCAGAGAGAUGACUCUCACACACCUGGAGAGUGAGGAGAGCAGGUCGCUGACUCAGAUCCAGUACAUGGCCUGGCCUGACCACGGUGUUCCAGACGACUACACUGACUUCCUGGACUUUGUCAGUCUGGUCCGCAGAAAGAGGGAGGGCAAGGAGGAGCCGGUGAUAGUACACUGCAGCGCUGGGAUUGGUCGGACGGGGGUGCUCAUCACCAUGGAAACAGCCAUGUGUUUGAUUGAUUGCAAUCAGCCCGUGUAUCCGUUGGAUAUCGUGAGGACAAUGAGAGACCAGAGGGCCAUGAUGAUCCAGACUCCGAGCCAGUACAGGUUUGUCUGUGAGGCGAUCCUCAAGGUGUACGAGGAGGAGCAGGUCAAACCCCUAACAGCCACAGAGCCCCUGACACCUGUAGAGUCUCUGACGCCCACAAAGCCCCUGAUACCUGUAGAGUCUCUGACGCCCACAAAGCCCCUGAUACCCGUAGAGUCUCUGACGCCUACAAAGCCCCUGACACCCACAAAGCCCCUGAUGACACCCGUAGAGUCUCUGAUGCCUACAAAGCCCCUGAUACCCGUAGAGUCUCUGACGCCUACAAAGCCCCUGAUACCCAUAGAGUCUCUGACGCCUACAAAGUCCCUGAUACCUGUAGAGUCUCUGACGCCCUCAAAGCCCCUGAUACCCGUAGAGUCUCUGACGCCUACAAAGCCCCUGAUACCCAUAGAGUCUCUGACGCCCACAAAGCCCCUGAUACCCGUAGAGUCUCUGACGCCUACAAAGCCCCUGACACCCACAAAGCCCCUGAUGACACCCGUAGAGUCUCUGAUGCCUACAAAGCCCCUGAUACCCGUAGAGUCUCUGACGCUCACAAAGCCCCUGACACCUGUAGAGUCUCUGACGCCCACAAAGCCUCUGACACCCGUAGAGUCUCUGACGCCCACAAAGCCCCUGAUACCCGUUGAGUACAGGUUUGUCUGUGAGGCGAUCCUCAAGGUGUACGAGGAGGAGCAGGUCAAACCCCUAACAGCCACAGAGCCCCUGACACCUGUAGAGUCUCUGACGCCCACAAAGCCCCUGACACCCGUAGAGUCUCUGACGCCCACAAAGCCCCUGACACCUGUAGAGUCUCUGACGCCCACAAAGCCCCUGACACCCGUAGAGUCUCUGACGCCCACAAAGCCCCUGACACCUGUAGAGUCUCUGACGCCCACAAAGCCCCUGAUACCUGUAGAGUCUCUGACGCCCACAAAGCCCCUGACACCCGUAGAGUCUCUGACACCCACAAUGCCCCUGAUACCCAUAGAGUCUCUGAAGCCUACAAAGCCCCUGACACCCGUAGAGUCUCUGACGCCCACAAAGCCCCUGAUACCCAUAGAGUCUCUGAAGCCUACAAAGCCCCUGACACGCGUAGAGUCUCUGAAGCCUACAAAGCCCCUGACACCCGUAGAGUCUCUGACGUCCGCAAAGCCCCUGAUACCCGUAGAGUCUCUGACGCCCACAAAGCCCCUGAUACCCGUAGAGUCUCUGACGCCCGCAAAGCCCCUGAUACCCGUAGAGUCUCUGACGCCCACAAAGCCCCUGACACCCAUAGAGUCUCUGACACCCACAACGCCCCUGAUACCCAUAGAGUCUCUGACGCCCACAAAGCCCUUGAUACCCGUAGAGUCUCUGACGCCUACAAAUCCCCUGACACCAGUAGAGUCUCUGAAGCCCACAAAGCCCCUGACACCUGUAGAGUCUUUGACACCCGCAAAGCCCCUGACACCUGUAGAGUCUCUGAAGGCCACAAAGCCCCUGACACGUGUAGAGUCUCUGACACCCACAAAGCCCCUGAUACUCGUAGAGUUUCUGACGCCCACAAAGCCCCUGACACCCGUAGAGUCUCUGACGCCCACAAAGCCCCUGAUACCUGUAGAGUCUCUGAUGCCCACAAAGCCCCUGAUACCUGUAGAGUCUCUGACGCCCACAAAGCCCCUGAUACCUGUAGAGUCUCUGACGCCCACAAAGCCCCUGACACCCGUAGAGUCUGUGACGCCCACAAAGCCCCUGAUACUUGUAGAGUCUCUGACACCCACAAAGCCCCUGAUACUCGUAGAGUCCCUGACGCCCACAAAGCCCCUGACACCCGUAGAGUCUCUGACGCCCACAAAGCCCCUGAUACCCGUAGAGUCUCUGACGCCUGCAAAGCCCCUGACACCUGUAGAGUCUCUGACGCCCACAAAGCCCCUGACACCCGUAGAGUCUCUGACGCCCACAAAGCCCCUGAUACCCGUAGAGUCUCUGACGCCUGCAAAGCCCCUGACACCUGUAGAGUCUCUGAUACCCAUAAAGCCCCUGACACCUGUAGAGUCUCUGACGCCCACAAAGCCCCUGACACCUGUAGAGUCUCUGACGCCCACAAAGCCCCUGACACCCGUAGAGUCUCUGACGCCCUCUAAGCCCCUGACACCUGUAGAGUCUUUGACGCCUACAAAGCCCUUGACACCCACAGAGCCAGAGGUAGAGACAGAGAGAAUCGGCUUUAUCCCUCCUGGGACUGACUGACACAGGGCUGCAUGGGCCUAAGCACCACCAUCUUCUUCCACAGCCUGUCUAUCUGUCUGUCUAGAGCCUGUCUGUCUGUCUAGAGCCUGUCUGUCUGACUCCCUCAGUCACAAUAGUUUCUUCCCACAUCCGCCAUCUUGAGUCUGGCAAGAGAGACUACAGUCACAAGCAUGGAGACGACUACCGACAACCACUCGAACUGCCUGGGAGGGGAAGCAAAGCACUGUUGCACUUUAUGAUGACAAAACGCCAUACUUUGGAGAAUUAACGGAAGAAGAAAAAAAUAAACAAAGUUACGAUGAUCAACUGGAAUUUGGGAUAUUAGCAAGUGUCCAGGAUCAAGAGCGAAGUGAGAAACAGAACAGUAGCUGGGUUGGAUAAUAUUGCUGCAGUGCCAUUACUUUCAGACAAACCUUCAUAAUGAACAGGACAACUCAAUGGAAAGUGGACUGACGUUUGUUUUCAACCCAUCAGUGCAUCAUCCCCAAGUGUCAUAUCCGUGGUUUCUUCAGACUAGUCUUUCUGUCUUUGAUUACUCCGUGGACUUAAAGAGUCCAUUUUCUUUUUUGAACUCGAAAAACUAUUCAUCGUCAACUGAAGAUCUGUUCCCGAAAGUGGGUUGACCCUCUAUGUAAGGUCCUGGUAAAGUGCUCUGACUUCUACCCUGUGGCACUACUCAUCUUAUCAUCUCAUUUCUCUUAUUGAGACUGUAGGUUGUCGGAUGGAUACUUUUGGGCUUUCAUGUGUCUCUACAGAUUGAAAUCAUCUCCAGGGAAGGUGUUUCCCAAGCCAAGGUCAAAGGCGGGGGAAGGUUAGGAGCGGUGGAGGCUGCAGAGGGGAGGGCGGCUCAUAAUCAUGGCUGGAGUGCAGUCGUUGGCAUGGCAUCGGCCACAUGGAAAACCACGUGUUUGAUACCAUCCCAUUGACUCUAUUCCAGCCAUUGUUAUGAGCCGUCCUCCACUCAGCAGCCUCCACUGGUUAGGAGAGGCCUCCCUCCUCCUUUACCAUCAUCUCAAUAGCUGAUUACCUGCCAUUGAGCUCGGCACUAUGUGGUGGUGUUGUUGUUGUUGUUGUUGUUGUUGUUGUUGUUGUUAUUUUUUGAGGCAGCUAUUCAACUUUGAUUCAGAUGGCUCAACAUGUGACGGUACAUCGGUCUCUCGAAGAUGCUAUACCACUAGCCCAAAACGGGCAGUAUUUUAAUGCAGGUUUUGUUAUUGCUAGUAACAUAGAAUGACCUUGCCAUGCAGGAUUGGGUUGGUACAGUCCACAGGUGGUUUAUCAAGUGUCAUUGCAUCACAUUUUGAAAUUGAAUAUGAGGUAUUCAGAGCUCUCUGAUGAAGAGCAUCGGGGUAUUUGGUACCAUGGUACUGUACAUCAGGAUUUUAGACAGUUGGUGUACAUUACAUUCAGAUGGUACAUACAUUACAUAAAAUGACUGAGCUUUCAGGACCAAUAGGUUUUUAGACUUGUGAGUAAAACAAAAAGUUUUCAAAUUGUUUUGAAAAGCUAUAAGGCUCAAGCUAUAGAUUUGCUUCUGAUAUUUUUUUUAUAAGAGACCCCUUUUGCUUCUUGGGGAUGGUCAGCACUUUUCAGCUGAACUUGUAGCAUAUUUGCUGCUAUGUAUGAUUAG